UAACUGAUAAAGUAGAGGAUGAAAUUUAUAUUAAAUAUUUUCUUUUUACCUAUUCGGGUCGGGUAGUGUGGGUACUUUAUAUAUAUUUCUCUCCCUAUAGGUCAUUUACUCGGAAUUUCUCUCUCAUUUCUGGUCUCAAGAGCUUCGAAAAGAAGAUGCAGGCAAGCGAUAGGUUUAACAUCAAUUCCCAGCUCGAGCAUCUCCAAGCCAAAUACGUUGGAACUGGCCAUGCUGAUCUCAACCGAUUUGAAUGGGCGGUUAAUAUUCAACGCGAUAGCUACGCAUCAUAUAUAGGGCAUUACCCGAUGUUGGCUUACUUCGCUGUGGCUGAAAAUGAAUCCAUUGGAAGAGAGCGCUACAACUUCAUGCAGAAAAUGCUUCUGCCUUGUGGUCUGCCUCCAGAAAGAGAAGAUGAUUAAGAACUACUGGUUGGGCUGUGAAGUGAAAUGUUAGGAAUUCUAAGCUUUCCCAUCAGGCUAGAGAUUUUCUUAAUUGAAUAUCCCUCGAAUAUUGUGUUUAUCUUGAACUUGAAAUAUGGAGCUUAUGUCAUAGUGGUAUCAUUGUAACCUCAACUUUAUCCCUAGCAAGAUUUGUUCAAUUGUAGUACGUAUUUAGUUCUUAAAAUGAGCCUACUCAUCUUGCUGAAUGUGUCUGCUACUACAGAAUAUCUUGAACAGUUCUUUUAAAAUUUUUGAUUGUGUAGUGUCAAGGUUUGUUUGUUUC